GGUUGCAGCCAUUACACCCAAUGAGUAUGGACCAUGUCAACGAUAGAAUAUUUUUGUGCAAACGCUAGAAAGAGGAAUUGAAACCGAGAUCUGGUGAAAAAUAUGGCUGCUUCCAUGGUGCGAUGGUUCAGGGGCUUGUACAUCUUCUUUUUGACAUGUCUUCUCCCCGCGUCCUCCUUCUUGAAUUUGGAGGAGCUAAAUGAGAUGAAAUACGGCAUCCAGAUUCUUCCAGACCCGGUCAUCGCGGGACAGGCCAAAACAGAAGAUGUAAUGCUGGUUUCCAACAAGUACAAGCAGCUGUACGAGUGUCGCUUGCCUGCUCAGGCAGUCCGGUUCCACCAAGACCCAGCAGCUGAGCCGGACUCCCAAGGUUACUCUGGCCCAGGCAUCUCUGACCUGCUUAAACCCAUGUACAGUGCUCCGUGCUUGGUGAAGACAAAAGAUUGGUGGACGUAUGAGUUUUGCUUUGGGCAGCAUGUUCGACAGUAUCACUUAGAAGAUUCUGAAAUCAAAGGAGAUGUGCUGUUCUUGGGUUAUUAUGACUCUGAAUUUGAUUGGAAUAAUGAAACUGCAAAGGCCUCCAAGCAGCAUAGACUGAAACGGUACCACAGCCAGUCAUACAUUAAUGGCUCAAAAUGUGAUCUCAAUGGGAAGCCCAGAGAAACUGAAGUCAGGUUUUUGUGCGAGGAGGGGUCAGGGGACUAUAUUGCCCGUGUGGAUGAGCCACAGUCCUGCCGCUAUGUGCUGACAGUCCAUACCACACGCACCUGCCGCCAUCCCUUCUUGCGCCCACCAUCCUCAGCAAAACCGCAGGGCAUCAUCUGCCAGCCAGCUUUGAGUCCCCAGCAAUACAUGGACUAUGUGAGGGCUCAAGUCUCUGACACCAAACGCAAGGUAGAGCAGAUAUCAGAGGAGCUGAAGAAUCUUGAUGAGCUCUUGGCCAAGGAUGAAGAGAAGGAUGGCAAGACAGAUGAAGAUAGAGUAGAGAAAGUGGCUUUGACCAAGCCUGAUGGAGAGGAUGUAGAGUCGGACCCAAAAGAAGUUCUUGAGGACUCUGCUGUUGAAGAUGUGGAGGACACAGUCUUCUGGGAAGGGGUGACAAAGCCAGAGAGCCCUCAGGAGAAUCAGCAGGAAGAUGGUGUUGAUGUAAAUUCCAAGGUCACCACUGAUGAUGACAUCAACGAAGAAGCAUUUGGAGAUGAAAAGUUCAAUUUCAAAAUCAUCACAGAUUCAUCUGACUUAAUGAAGUUUGUCAAACAACUGAAAGAGAGCAGUAAAAAGAUUUCCCCUGAAGAAGAAAGGCCAAAGGGAGAAUCCCUUGACAAGCAGAACAUUGCGGCAGAAAGGAAGGAAGGCAGAGGGAAGCAGGCAAAAGAGAGUGUGGGAGAUGACGAAGAUGAACGUCUGCUGCAGGAGUUCGAGGAUGAAAUGGCAGACCUUUCAGUCCCCUCUGAAAAGAUUGAGGAAAUCAAAGAAGAGAUGCAGAAGGAAUUUGACAACAUUAUUGAUGAGGCUCAGCAAGAAUUAGAAACGGAGGGCUUGAAAGGAGAGUUUGAUCGCAACCAAGCUACCCAGACACUGGAAACUACUUUGGAUAAGCUUUUGGACCGGCUGGAAGACAAAGAAGCCCGGGAGGCUGGAGCAGAAGGGGACCAGGAGGCUGCAGAUCCUGCUAGGGGUAGCCCAAGCCUCGUUCCCCGCCAGCCAGACCGAGCCACUGACGACCAGGUUAAAAUCAGAGUUACUAAGUAUAAGCCGGGUGGCAGCCCCGAGCAGCAGUUGAAGUUGCAGGAAAUGAGCGAAGGGGACCCCCAAUUGCAGCAAAUUAAGGACGUGGUUAAAGAGCAGCUAGAGAGAGCUGGACUGAAAGCUGAAGGUAGGAUUGAGGUGAAGAUUCUGACGCGCAGGACAGCGGAGGAGGCUGGAGACCAGUGGCUCACCGAAGAGGACACCAAAUCUUUCCGGGAACUUCUCAUCAAUUUACUGACAGGUGGGUCAGAGGAAGUAUACAAGGAGCAGAAGAGACAGCAAGAGUUGGAGAACAAUUACAGAUUUGUGUGGGGGGAGAAGCAGGAAGAGACACAGUCAACGGGAGCAGCAGAUUCUGAUGACGUGGACUUCUGAACACUGCCUCUUUGGUCAACAGGGACAGUGUGGCGUAUGGACUCUAUUGCACUGUCACAGAUCUCAAUCAAAAUCAUUAACUGAGGACCAGUGACCAAAAAGGCUUUCUUUCCAUGCUCCAAAAUGUUUAUUACUGUAGCACAUGUGACUGUUCUGCAAACUAAAGUCCAAAUUAUUUAAGAACAUAAAUAGAAUGUGUCCCUCCCAUGGAUGGUUUUCAUGUUGAGAACCGAGAUGCAAAAGAAUGACUAUUCAUACAAGUCUAAAUACUUGGCUCCACUCUUAAGCACAUCUGGAUAAUCUGGAUCUUUUAAAGGACCCUCUUCAGUGCUUGAACUGAAUAUAAAGCAGAGCUUACAUUUUUGCUGUGACUUUAAAGCUUGUUUAAAAUUAUGCCUUGUUUAUAACUGUAAUGAAAACAUGUGGCUUUUGCCUAAUCUGUCCUCCUUUCCUGUUACAGCUGCUGUCCCCUCUGCGUUGGGUGGUGAGACACUUCAGUAAUUGAACAAACUAAUGUUAGCUUUGUCCGGGAAUCUCAGCUGUACCUCAAGCCUCAUUAAGCUCUGCUAUGCACUUUUUUUAAUGUCACUUUUUGAUACGGUGGAAGAAAUAAAUUCAAGGUUGUUUCACAUAUUUGAGAAACCACAUCACGAUUGAGCAUAGGCUGAAGAGUUUAAUAUUUCAACAGCACCAGUUGUUAGUUAUAAUAUUUUAAGCUGUAUCCAAUUCCUUUUGAAGCUGUGACCUAGUGAAGUUAAAUUGCAGCCAGUUCCUAACUGUAUAAAUAUUUAAAUUUUGAAAUCAUCUAUUGCUGUGAAGCAUAAACCUGCAAUUAUGUUUUUGAUAUAUUUCAGUAUUUGUAACAAAUGCAUUUUAAACAGAUACUGCAUAUGGGACAAACAUAUUUUCAUAUGCCUUUUAACUUAAGGAGAAUUUCUUGAAUGAAAUCUACUGAGGAUCAUUGCAAGUCUCAUCUAAAUCUAUGCAGUCUGACUUCAGCAUGGUAUAGUAUGGUGAUAUAGUACUAGGACACCAUAAGUUAUUCAAAAUUAGGAGUUAAUGUUGGUUUUUCCAAACAGCCCCUUUCUCUGGAAUUAUACUUAAAACAAAUCCUUUGUGAUUUUUUUUUUUUUUUUCUUUCAUUACAUUUGACAUAACUGAUGGAGAGCUUUAUUCUGAAGUGCCAGACAUGGUUCUAGAAAUUGUACACAGUCUAAAAAUGUUUAAAACUUUUUUUUUUUAAUAGUUCCCCUGAAAUCUUGGAUAAGUGACAAAGGGCUUUCAUGUACAAAUUUUGUGAAUAAUUAGUGUAAGAUCUGUAAAUAGUUUUUGCUUGAGAGAGAAGUUGCUGAGUAAACAUUUUCAUUUGUUCAGGUGUGAUUAUUAUAGUGUUAUUAAAACACAUCUCACCAGUGUA